AUGGCCCCUGCUGCGACCGGUAACGUGACUAAGGAUUACGUCCCAAAGAAUCCUCUCUCUGGCAUCUCCACCUCCACGGCCUACCUAACUAACGUACAUGACGAUUUGGGGACAGCUCCCUCCCAGCACCGUGAGACUAGCAUCCUGAUCCGUCCCGAGAAUCCGUACUGCUCCCUGGGGCCCUUACCAACCGCCUUGUCGAUAUUUCACUGCCCACCCACCCACUCAGCAUCUCUGCUGCGUCGAGAGAGAGAGAUCCGCAUCCGCAUCCUGGCGGAUCAUUCAUUCUUCAACGACCCCCAAGUCUUUUUUAGUGCGCCCUUCACCUCGUUUCGCCUCUUGAGAGAAACGCACCUCCUCUCCCAUCCACUUCCCCUCCACCGACCUGCCUACCCCAUCUACCUCCUCCGUCUCCGACCACCCUCGCUCGCCCUUCGCCCCUCCUUCCCAUCGACGCCCUCGCCGACUGCCUUGUCGCUGACCGCCGGAUCUCAUCUCCAGCCACCACCACCACCACCACCACCCCUCCGGCCCUCGUCUCCGCCCUCCCCCCCCUCAUCCUCCUCUCUGUUGUGA